CGGAGAGGCGGCGGCGGCGGCGGCAACGGACGGGCCAUGCGGGGGCCGCGCUCCGGGCUCUGCCCGCUCUCCAUCUUCAUCCUCCUCCUCCUCUCGCCGCUCCUGCCGGCGGCCGCCCUCUCCCCGGCCCCGCCGUGCGUCCUCCCGGGGCUGCGCCGCGGGCCGCUCCCCGCUCCAGGGAGCUCCGGUGGCUGCGCGGGGCCAUACAGGACGGAGGAGCCCGAUGUCGGGGUGCGGGAGGACGGGGGCCCCGUGCGGCUACCGGCGGUGGGCAGGGCGCUCGCUGUACCCCCCCGAGAUGCUGCUUCUCCCCGAUAUGUCGCCGGCCAGCCAGACCCUGCCCCAGUGCCCGCAGAGAGCCGGCGCUCCCCGCAGGAGCUGCCCGGGGCUCGUGCCGUUCUCAGGAGGCAGAAGAGGGAUUGGGUGAUCCCCCCCAUCAAGGUUCCUGAAAAUGAGAGGGGCCCCUUCCCCAAAAAGCUGGUUCAGAUCAAAUCCAACAGGGACAGAGACACCAAGAUCUUCUACAGCAUCACAGGGCAGGGAGCGGACGCCCCUCCCGAGGGCAUCUUCACCAUCGAGAAGGAGUCGGGCUGGAUGAAAGUGACUCAGCCGCUGGACCGCGAGCACAUCGACAAGUACCACCUCUUCUCCCACGCUGUGUCUGAGAACGGGAAGCCAGUGGAGGAGCCGAUGGAGAUCAUCGUGACCGUGACGGACCAGAAUGACAACAAGCCCCAGUUCACACAGGAGGUGUUCAGGGGCUCUGUGUCAGAGGGAGCUCUGCCAGGCACCUCCAUCAUGCAGGUGACAGCCACGGACGCGGACGAUGCAGUGGAGACCUACAACGGUGUCAUCGCCUACUCCAUCCUCAGCCAGGAGCCGCGGGAGCCCCAUCCCCAAAUGUUCACUGUCAACCGGGCCACCGGCACCCUCAGCGUGAUUGCCAGCGGGCUCGACCGGGAGCGCGUGCGGGAGUACACACUGACCGUGCAGGCAGCUGACCUGGAUGGAGAGGGACUGACCACCACGGCGCUGGCGGUCAUCGAGAUCGCUGAUGUCAAUGACAACGCCCCCGAGUUUGACCCCAAAACGUACGAGGCGGCCGUGCCGGAGAACGUGGCCGGGCGGGAGGUGGCCCGGCUGGCUGUCACCGACCUGGACGAGCCCGGCACGCCGGCGUGGCGAGCCGCCUACUCCAUCCUGCGCGGCAACGACGGCGGUGCCUUUGCCAUCAGCACCGACCCCGCCACCAACGAGGGCAUCCUGCGCACUGCCAAGGGUCUGGACUAUGAGGCCAAGCAGCAGUUCGUGCUCCACGUGGCAGUGGCCAACGAGGUCCCCUUCGUCGUGAAGCUGCCGAUGGCCACCGCUACGGUGACUGUCACUGUGGAGGAUGUCAAUGAGGCCCCGGAGUUCGUGCCGCCCGUGCAGCUGGCCACGGUGUCAGAGGAUGUGCCCCCGGGGCAGACCCUCACGGCCUGCACGGCCCAGGACCCUGACAAGGCACAGGGCCAGAGGAUCAAGUACCUGGUGGGGCACGACCCGGCGGGCUGGCUGGCCGUGCACCCCGAGAACGGCCUGGUGACCGCACAGGACCACCUGGACCGCGAGUCCCCCUUCGUCAAGAACAGCACCUACAUAGCUGUGCUGCUGGCCGUGGAUGAUGGCUCACCGCCGGCCACGGGCACGGGCACGCUGCUCCUCACCCUGCUCGAUGUGAACGACAACGGCCCCGAGGCCGAGCCACGGGACAUCACAGUGUGCCAGCGCAGCCCCCAGCCCCAGCUCCUCACCGUCACCGACCGGGACCUGCCCCCCAACACCGGCCCCUUCCGCGCCGAGCUCACCCACGGCUCGGGGGACAGCUGGGCUGUGGAGGUGGGGGACACAGGUGACACGGUGACACUGCAGCUGGUGGCACCGCUGGAGCCGGACACCUACAGCGUGUACCUGCGGCUGCUGGACCAGCCGGGCAGAGCCCAAGUGACCAUUGUCACCGCGCGGGUCUGCGCCUGCGAGGGGCAGGCACAGGGCUGUCCCCAGAGGUCCCAGCCUGUCACCGCCCUGCCCUUCGUCCUGGCCGCCCUGGGCGCGCUGCUGGCCCUGCUGCUCCUUCUGCUGCUGCUGCUGCUCUUCGUGAGGAGGAGGAAGGUGACAAAGGAGCCGCUGCUGCUGCCUGAAGAUGACACAAGGGACAACAUCUUCUACUACGGGGAGGAAGGUGGCGGCGAGGAGGACCAGAACUACGACCUGAGCCAGCUGCACCGGGGGCUGGACGCCCGGCCCGAGGUGAUCCGCAAUGACGUGGCUCCCCCGCUCAUGGCGGCCCCCCAGUACCGGCCCCGUCCCGCCAACCCCGACGAGAUCGGGAACUUCAUUGACGAGAACCUGAAGGCGGCCGACACGGACCCCACGGCCCCUCCCUACGACUCGCUGCUGGUGUUCGACUACGAGGGCAGCGGCUCGGAGGCCACCUCGCUCAGCUCCCUCAACUCCUCUGCCUCCGACGGCGACCAGGACUACGACUACCUCAACGACUGGGGCGGCCGCUUCCGCAAGCUGGCCGAGCUCUACGGCGGCGGCGAGGAGGACGAUGGACCGCCUCCCGUCGGGGCGGGACGGGGCGGUUCUCGGCGGGGUCGACACCUGCGAGGAGGGACCGGGAGGGGACCGGACGCACCUGCGACUCCGCGGCGGCAGCGCCCGAUCCCUCCGGCACCAACCGGCUCCGGUAUGGGGCGGCGGGCGGGCUGCUCGCUCCCUCUGUGCCUCCUCCUGCUCCUGCUCCAGAGCGGGCAGCGGCUGUGCCAGCGAGCAGCGCCGUGCCAGCCCGGCUUCGCCACCGACACCUUCACCCUGACGGUGCCGCGGGACAGCGUGGCGGCGGGACGGGCACUGGGACGGGUGAGCUUUGUGGACUGUGGCGAGCCACGCCGUGCUCCCUUCCUCCCGGAUGACACGCGCUUCAAGGUGAGCAGGGAUGGCAUUGUCUCUGCCACCCGGCCCCUGCAGCUCCAGCAGCGGGAGAUCACCUUUGCUGUGCACACCUGGGACACCGCGGGCAGGAAGCAUUCAGCCAAAGUGACCCUGCGCCAGCGGCGGCAGCAGCACCGACACCACGAGCGGGUGCAGCAGCAGGACACAGUGCCGGACAUGCUGAUCUUCCCGGAGCAUGGGCACGGCCUCCGGCGGCACAAGAGGGACUGGGUCAUCCCCCCCAUCAACUGCCCUGAGAAUGAGCGGGGGCCCUUCCCCAAGAAGCUGGUGCAGAUCAAAUCCAACAAGGACAAGGAGACCAAGGUUUUCUACAGCAUCACGGGGCAGGGAGCGGAUACCAUCCCCGUGGGUGUCUUCAUCAUCGAGCGGGAGACGGGGUGGCUGGAGGUGACAAAACCCCUGGACCGGGAGGAGAAGGAUAAAUACGUGCUCUACUCCCACGCCGUGUCGGCCAACGGGCAGCCCGUGGAAGACCCCAUGGAGAUCAUCAUCACCGUCACUGACCAGAACGACAACCGGCCCGUCUUCACGCAGCAAGUCUUUGUUGGCUACAUCGAGGAGAACGCAAAGCCGGGCACAUCUGUGAUGACCGUGAACGCCACGGAUGCAGAUGAUGCGAUCAAUGUGAACAACGGCAUCAUCGGCUACUCCAUCCUCAGCGAGGAGCCCAAGGGUGCACAGCGGAUGUUCACCAUCAAUGCCGAGAAGGGCAUCAUCAGUGUCAUUGGCACAGGACUGGACCGGGAGACUACUCCCAACUACACACUGAUCAUCCAGGCUGCAGACCAGGAAGGCACUGGCCUGACCAACACUGCCACCGCCAUCAUCAAAGUCACUGAUGCCAACGACAACCCUCCUGUCUUCAACCCUGCCACGUACGAGGGGUUAGUGGACGAGAACCAGGUGGGGGUGCUGGUGACCCGGCUGCAUGUGACAGACCAGGACCUGCCGGGCUCCCCGGCCUGGCGCGCCGUCUACCGCAUCCAGAGCGGGGACCCGCAGGGCGACUUCGAGAUCACCACUGACCCCAAAACGAACGAUGGGCUCCUGAAAACUGCCAAGGGCCUGGAUUAUGAGACCCAGGACCGGUACAAGCUCGUGGUGUCGGUGGAGAAUGAGGCCCCCUUCACCGUGGCCCUGAAUCCUGCCACAGCCAAUGUCCUGGUGGUGGUCACGGAUGUGAAUGAAGCCCCGAUCUUCAAUCCCCCGGUCAAGCAGGUGGAGGUGAUGGAGGAUGUGCCAGUGGGAUACCAGGUCACCUCCUACACAGCCCAGGACCCCGACAAGGACCAGAGACAGAAAAUCACGUAUCGCAUGGGCAGCGACCCUGCGGGGUGGUUGGCCAUUGACGCUGAGAAUGGCAUCGUCACGGCAGCCCAGCCCCUGGACCGGGAGUCGGCACACGCCAUCAACAGCACCUACAAAGCCAUCAUCCUGGCCAUAGACAACGGGUCACCAAACUAUGCCACCGGCACGGGGACACUGAUCCUCCUGCUCCAGGAUGUGAAUGACAACGGGCCCGUGCCAGAGCCCCGGAACUUUGACAUCUGCAACCGGCAGCCUGAGGAGCAGACGCUGAAGAUCAUCGACAAGGACCUGCCCCCCAACACUCACCCCUUCAAGGCAGAGCUGAUGCACGGCUCUGGCAGCAACUGGACUGCCAGCGUGGUGCAACCAGACGAGGUGAAGCUGAUCAUGAAGAAGGAGCUGGAGCCGGGCGAGUACAGCAUCUUCCUGAAGCUGCUGGAUGCGCAGGGCAAGGAGCAGAUCACGCCGGUGCGAGCCCAGGUGUGCAGCUGCGAGGGGGCAGCCAAGAACUGCGAGCGGCGAGCGUUCAUCUCCGGCGGCAUGGGCGUGCCCGCCAUCCUGGGCAUCCUGGGGGGCAUCCUGGCGCUGCUCAUCCUCCUGCUGCUGCUGCUGCUCUUCGUGAGGAGGAGGAAGGUGGUGAAGGAACCACUGCUCCCACCCGAGGAUGACAUGAGGGACAAUGUGUACCACUAUGACGAGGAGGGCGGUGGCGAGGAGGACCAGGACUACGACCUGAGCCAGCUGCACCGGGGGCUGGACGCCCGGCCUGAGGUGAUCCGCAAUGACGUGGCUCCCCCGCUCAUGGCGGCCCCCCAGUACCGGCCCCGUCCCGCCAACCCCGACGAGAUCGGGAACUUCAUUGACGAGAACCUGAAGGCGGCCGACACGGACCCCACGGCCCCUCCCUACGACUCGCUGCUGGUGUUCGACUACGAGGGCAGCGGCUCGGAGGCCACCUCGCUCAGCUCCCUCAACUCCUCUGCCUCCGACGGCGACCAGGACUACGACUACCUCAACGACUGGGGCGGCCGCUUCCGCAAGCUGGCCGAGCUCUACGGCGGCGGCGAGGAGGACGAUUAGGGACCCCCAGCCCGCUGCUGCCACCUCAUUUCACAGGACUGACGUGGGUCUCCAGGGUGGCCAAACCCCCUCCAACACCUCCUGAACCCCGUGCCCAUGUCUCCCUCAAUGAGAAAAGCUCAGGCUCACUGGGGAUGGGGGGUUGUGGGGUAGUCUGGGUGUUUCCUGGCUCCCUUGGCUCCAGGGCACGGAACAGUUUAGUCCAUUCCCUAUCCUGGAACUGAGGUGCUCCCAGUUGUGGGGGGCAGGAUCAUGCUCUUCAUCCCUUUUCCAUGAGGGGAAAAAGGGUUUCUUUGGUGGUCUCCAAAAUACCUCGUGUUCCCAGCCCCACACAGGCUCAGAUUGUGAACCUAGUGAUGGAGAAGUGGAAUGAGGCACUCAAUCAAUACAGACCAAAGAUGCACCAUCACAGGGAAUUGUAUUUACUACAGUAUGUACAGGCAGAUUUCUAUUUUUCUGUAUCCCAGAUUGUGGUAUGAUUUCCUCCCAUGUCGUGCCAGUUGUAAUUAGUCUGCAGUCAUUGAAAGGUGCUUUCCAAAAUCAAAGGGCUUUCCCAAAAUCCUGACCUCUGAGUUUAGCUGUCGUCACGGUUUGUAUUUUUUAUCAUGGGAAAAGGGUCUGAUGCGAGCUGGGAAACCAGCAGUGGCAAAGUGUUGAUUGCAUGGUUUUUAUAUAAAAUUGGUAAAUUAAAAAUUGUUUUAAGAAAACCAAA